AUGAGUAUCUUUGUCCUUAUUUUAUCUCAGACAACAGCUGUUCAGACUAAUGGAUAUGAUUGUGGUGUAUGGGUGCUUGCAAUGAUUGCAGCAACAUUGCGUGGAUGUCACUGUAUGGCUCUGAAGGAAGAUGAUAUGUCUUUGUUUCGUCACUACCUACGCACACUUGUGUAA